CUUCCAAUCAUUCAGUGGAAAUCUGGAUUUGCAGCUUCUGGCGGCAGUUUGUCCGUUAAUUCCAGCCGUUGUUCUUUCUUCCUCUCACCAGAGGCAGAGCAACCCACACACACUCACACCUCCAUUUGUGUGAGUUGUCCACCAUGUUGAACUACUCUCCCUCUGCAACUCACUGCUGCCAUUUGCCUUUAGCCCCUAAACUAUCUCUUCCUUCAAGUCCCUCUCUCUCCCAAUCUUUUCCUUCUUCUCUCUAUGUUUCAUUUCCUUUUCUCCCUCAGCAACUUUCGUCUCAUUAUGUGUACGGGCAUUUGGAUAUCAAGACCGAACCCGUGAGAAGGGUGAAGCAGAGGAGAAUUAUCAAGAGCAAACCGGUGCGGAAGGGUCUCAAGAUUGUGAACUCAAAAAGUGAGCCACUGAAAGUGAUGAUUUCUGGUGCGCCAGCUUCUGGGAAAGGGACUCAGUGUGAAAUGAUUGUUCAGAAGUUUGGAGUGGUUCACAUCUCAACUGGAGAUCUUCUGCGAGCUGAAGUAUCAGCUGGUACAGAAAUUGGAAGGAAAGCAAAGGAGUACAUGAACUCUGGUCGUUUAGUUCCAGAUGAAGUUGUGACAGCUAUGGUGACAGCACGGUUAUCACUAAAAGAUGUGAAGGAGAAGGGAUGGCUGUUAGAUGGAUAUCCACGAAGUUCUGCCCAAGCUGAGACUUUGGAGAAACUGAAUAUUAGGCCUGAUGUAUACAUUAUGCUUGAUGUGCCUGACGACAUUCUAGUCGACCGAUGUGUUGGUAGAAGGAUGGAUCCUUCAACAGGAAAGAUCUAUCAUAUAAAAUAUUCUCCACCAGAAAAUGGGGAAAUUCAAGCAAGGCUUGUUACUCGUCCUGAUGAUACUGAAGAAAAGGUGAAAUCACGCCUACAAAUAUAUAAGCAAAAUGCGGAGUCAGUCUUAUCAACAUACUUGAAUGUAGUGAAGAAGAUUGAUGGAAACCGUCCUAAAGAAGUGGUUUUUAAUGAGAUAGAUACUCUGUUGUCGAGAUUACAGAAAGAUAAAGAAGAAUCAUCAAAAUCAGGUAAAUUAGCAAGAAGUGAAAUCCAGCUUGAUAGGUCAUCCUCAGAUGAGAAAAAUUGGAGAGGCAUACCAACGAGACUGAAUAAUAUUCCUCAUUCAAGAGAAAUCAGGAAAUAUUUCUAUGCUGAUGUGCUGCAAGCAACUCAACGAGCAAUAAAAGAUGGGAAGACUCGAUUGAAGGUGGAGAUCAGUAUUCCAGAGUUGAACCCAGAAAUGGAUGUUUAUCGAAUAGGUACCUUAAUGGAACUUGUCCGUAUUCUUGCUCUUUCCUUCGCUGAUGAUGGAAAGCGUGUCAAGGUUUGUGUGCAAGGGUCUAUGGGAGAAGGAGCGCUGGCUGGAAUGCCACUGCAGCUUGCUGGAAGUCGGAAGAUAUUGGAGUUCAUGGACUGGGGUGAUGAUGGUGCCAUGGGUACCUUUAUCAAGAUUGGUUCUAUAGGUGGCAAAGAAGUAGAAGAGCAGGAUGACAUGUUUAUCUUAGUGGCUCCUCAAAAUGCAGUAGGAAACUGUAUUAUUGAUGAUCUAAGAGCUAUGACUGAUGCUGCUGGUCAUCGUCCAGUCAUUCUUGUCAAUCCUAGACUGAAGGAUUUACCAGGUUCAAGUGGUAUCAUGCAAACGAUGGGUCGAGAGAAGAGAUUAGAAUAUGCUGCUUCCUUCGAGAUAUGCUACUCCUUCCGCUUACUCUAUUAUGCCGGCACUCAAUAUCCUAUCAUGGGUGCCCUCAGGAUGUCUUACCCCUAUGAUUACGAGUUAUACAAAAGGGUAGAUGAGUCUCCUAAGAAGGAGAAAUACGUAAUCUUGUCAAAGUUUCCAAAGAGACCUAGUGGUGAAGAAAUCAAUGAUGCAUUCGAAGGAAAGACUAGAGAUAAAGCCAAAAGAGCAACAGGAAUAUGGGGCUUCUUGAGCGGCAUACUUUGAGAUAUCAGCAAACGAGUAUCUCAAAAGCUUGUUCCUAAAGCAGUAUCAGCACCAUUGGUUGAAGAUUGAAUCUUGUUGGUUUACGGGCGAUUCAUGGUAUCUGUUAUUCAAUAUGUACAUACAUACGAACCUUUGUUAGAGUUUGUCAAGAUUCUCUAGAACAGAUAUAUAGUUAACAAUCGGUUUACUUGUCCUAGAACUACCUAAGGCUUUUGAGUUUCAAUCUCAUCCUGAUUCUGUUUCUUCUUUUCACGUAGUAUAAAGAACUGCAUGAAAAAGGAUACUCAAGAGUUUGUGGUUUA